AUGAAAGUCUCGACCAUCUGCUCUCUUCUCUUGGCUGCUGGCUCUACUAUAGCUGCCCCGGCCAAACGGACAGAGCAAGCCAUUAGCAUCAGCGGCCUCUCUGCCUCUCAGACCGACCAGCAGGGAUAUAUCGCCUUCACCUUGAAAGAUCCCAACUACGACGACUCCACCGGUGCGAAUGUGAUCUGGCAUCGUCCCGGAAGCCCCGUUUCUGGCGCUCGCACUAGCGACGGUGCCUACUAUGUCAAUUUCCCGGGGGGUGUGAACGACAUUGCGGUCUUUACCUUGGAGGUCCAGCGAGUCAAAAGCACCGAGACAGUCUCUGUUACUCUCAACGGCAAUGGAAACGGCAGUGCUUCAGGCACUAAGUGGUCGUGCACCUCGGCCAAUGACUCUGUUGGGGGGCCAGUGGAGAAGUGUGCCUAUGAUGGCGACAUCACCUUGACCCCUUUCAAUUCCUAG